AGCAGCAUCAGCGCUGCUGCAGGAGACACAGAGAGAAGAGUCUGUGGAGGAGAAGACGGAACGGCAAAUCUCUGCCCUGGACAUGAAAGAGACUUUUAUCAAGCACUGAGCAGUUGGAUCUCACCUGGUGCAGCCAUGUAUUUUGGUAACACGUGUCACAGUGUUACGCCGCCACUGGCCCAUCCUACGCUGUGCAGGACCCAGCCGUCCCCUGACCCAAAGCCCCUCCUCCCCUUCCACCUGCUGCCUGGAUUCACUGACAUGGAUCGCGCCCAUAAGGCUCUGACUGGUCCAGGCUUCGGGCUAACCUCGCCCCUGAAGAGGAAGACCAGUUCCUGUGGAGUCUGUCAACGCGGGUUCAACUCUGAGGUGCAGGCGUCGUUGCAUUGCAGUGGCGCCAAACGUGCAAAAAUGCUGAAAGCUGCGGAUGCCCCAGAUUCAAAGAUCAGGACCUCUGAACCCGUCGCCAAGGAAACCGCGACGCAGAUCCUCUCGCCGCCCUGCUCACAUCCCUCCAGCUCUGACACAGCAACAGGAGAACCCUCAGUCCUCAGCCCGACUGCCGAGGUGGCCCCUCUGUGCAGCGGCCCUACUGAAACUGUGAAAGCGCCGCCUGACACCUCCCUGUCACUCAGCCCCGGGAUGUCAGAGAGGGAGACACAAAGAGAUGACGACGUGGAGGCUGUUCCAGAGGAGGAGACCGAAGAGGAGAAAGCGAUGCGUCUUCUCUACUGCUCCCUCUGCAAGGUGGCCGUCAACUCUGCCUCGCAGUUGCAGGCCCACAACAGUGGUACCAAGCACAAGACCAUGCUGGAGGCUCGAAGUGGCGAUGGAGCCAUCAAGUCCUUUCCGAGGACGGGGGUCAAAGCCAAGUUGGCCGCGCUGUCUGAGUCGCCAACUGGACUCCAGAACAAAACUUUCCACUGUGAGAUCUGCAAUGUGCAUGUCAACUCCGAGACUCAGCUCAAACAGCACAUCAGCAGCAGGAGACACAAGGACAGAGCUGCAGGUAAACCAGCCAAACCCAAGUUCAGUCCCUACACUCCCACCCAGCGUCAACAGAGUUUCCAGGCAAUUCGAUUGUCUCUACGGAAGAAACAAGACCUGACCGAACCUCUGGGCUCGUGUCUUCUACAGCGGCAACUUUUUGUUGCUGCUGCCGCUGCCAUGGCAACGCUGGCCCCCUUCCCUCUCCGGUCCGCCUCGAACUCGAGCCCUGCCCUUUUUCAGAGUCAGCCCCUCCCGCAGGCGCUUCUACAUCCAGCCCCUGGACCCAUCUGCUCAACACACCCGCCAGUCCUGUUUUCUCCCUACUGACCACGUCAGUGCCUCAUUCAGCUCGGAACUGCAGGUGAAAACAGACCUGAGACCUGAACAGAUGUGAAAUAGAACAUCACUGAACUCCACGGUACAACAGAGACUGGUGGGCGUCAGGGACCAGGACUGAAGACUGGACCAAAACAACAGUGUCGGAUGGAGGAAGCGAGGAAACAACAAAUGAGUGAAAACAAGUCUUUUCUGAUGUGAGUGUGUGAAUGUGUGCGCACAGAUGUCGUCGCAGCUUCAUGCAGUGUUUGUGCUCUGUUCCAUUAACUCUAAAGUUUAAAGAUGAACUUUGCAGAGAUGCAGAAUUGUGAACCUUCAUGAUGACUGAAGCUGUGUUCAUCCAUCCAUCUUCUACCGCUUUAUCCUCCACAUGAGGGUCACGCUGGUGCCAAGUCACCCCCUGGACAGGGCAUGAGCAUAUGAAUGCCAAUCAAAGCAUGCUUGACUAAAGAUGUGUAUUAUUUUACAAUAAAGGAAAGAUGUGGAUACUCAA